AUGCCUUCCAAGACCAGAGAAGCUUCCGACUCGGAGCGUUUGUCAGUCUGGUCCAAGGCAAGGAGGUCAGGGGCCGCCGCAGAGAGCCCUUCCGGCGAGAAGAGCCCUUUCGACAUGAUGCCGACGAGCACGAGAGCUACGAGGUCGCGAUUCUCCAGCCCGCACCAGCACGCCAACGGAGGGGGUGACUCUGCGAAGAAGUCGUCGAAUGCGCCCAGUGCAGCGUCCAAGACCUUCUUGCAAAAAUGGUUGGAGCCCGCAGUCCAGAGCAAGCCGAGUUUUGAGGAGGCAGGAUUGAUCCGAUAUGGCGUGACGGAGAAUAUGGCGCCCCUUGGGACCCUCCCAAAGGCAGGAACCACCAAGAAGCAGGGCCAGGAGGGUGCGCAGCAACCUGUCAGGAAGAUCAUCAUCAAGCCAAGCUCAGCAAACUCUGCCGCGGCCGCCGCAAGUGCGUCGGCACCAAAGCGCUCAGAAACACCUCCUCCGCCACUCCCCUCACCACCCAUCGCGGCGACGAAGAUGGGCAAAAAAUCGUUGACGAUCAGAGGGUUUGAUGACGACGAUGAGGACGAGGACUACACGCCCAAGGCAGCGGCGGUGAAGAAUGCGGCGACUCGCACAUCGCUCCCGCGCAAGAGCCUCUCGCGACCAUCUGCGGGACGCCGCCUCUCAGCGUCAAUUCAACAGCCCUCGGCACCUUCCAGCGAUGCCGUGCAGCCUCCGCCUCGUGAAGCUACGCCUGAGCCUACUCCUACUCCGGAUCCGACUCCUGAGAGCAAGGAGUCGGUCGAGCGCGUUGUGGAGAUCGCGGUUGAUGAGGCGCUCCGGCAUUACCGCUAUCCCACUGCGUGGGCACUGAGGACCCUCUACGAUGAAAACUCUGCGAACCCAACCUUCCUAGCCAUGUUUGAGGACGUGUACAAUCAGAAGGCUGACGCAGACACUCUGGAUGAAUUCGCUCGCCUUAUCGAAGAGAAGAAGAAGGAGGGCAAGAAGGACAAUCAGGCAUGCUACUUUUUCGUGCCCCCUUCCACCAACUCGCGCUUCACCCCUCACAAGCCCAAGACAGCACCCUACGGCAGGCUUCUUUCUCUCGAUGCCAAGACAGAGAGCCCAUCGCCGACAAAAAAGAAAGGAAAGCGGCGGAAGGAGCUAGAAUCCCCCGUCGACGACGCGGAUGAGUCAAUGAUGGACGCGGAAACAGCGACUUUGGGUGUCGUCACGCCCUCACGCAGGCGCGCCCGAAGGGACUCAGCAAGCAGUGAUUCUUCCCUCUCGGAACUGUCUGCAUCGCCAUCACUGCCACCAGACUCGCCAUCUCCCAGCUCUCCGCCCAUUCCCGUCGGAUUUCGAGUCGUCAGCCACAGUCGCCGUCACAGUGCCACGACGGCUACCACGGCUGCUGGGGCCGACCCCGAGACCACCACAACCAGCGCAGCACCGCCAACCGAACUCCAGCCAAUUAAGAGACGCGGCAGAUCCCUUGCUGCUAAGUCGAGCGUGUCUGACGCAUCCAACCCAAACUCACCCACCCUCCCCCCAAACGCAUCUCAAGCUGCAGGGGCUGGCAACAUGCCUGGUCGACUUUCCUCGCCCAUUUUCCCCAACCUGUCGUCCACGGCCAACACGACCACGACAACAAAAGCGGCCGGUAAGAAGAACGCCAGCAAGGACAAGGCACCGCGCAUCUUGCCCAGCGAUGAUGCCACGACUUCCCGUAGGAGAAAUGCACGCGACAGCACCAUCAGCCAGACGCCCCAGCCAGAGAGCCACAUUCGCGGAUCAGACAUGAGAGGUAGAGCAGGAUACGUGUUUGCAUCUUCGCCAGCGGUGCAUCUUCGCAAGUCAGCCAGGACGCCGGCUCCCAAUCUGAGCCUGAAUUUGAACCUGAGCGCGAGGACCACGAGAUCGGCCAAGAGGACGCAUGAUGAGAUAGACAACAGCUCUCCGACCGCGCCAUCCUUCAUUGAGGACGUCACUCCGACGGCGAGCUCAAGAGCUGCGACGCCCACAAACCUACGCCCUACGAAGAAGCAGCGGACCGGUUUGCGUAUCAAGACUUCUCCUAUGAAGAAGAAAGGAGGCACUGCAGCUGGCGUUCCCCGUGCCAGUGGAGAGGGCGGCCCAUCUGUCGCCAACGGGGGCCCGACAAAUCAGGACGAGAAUGAUGACUACUGCUCGGCUUGCGGCGGUGUUGGGGAGCUCGUUUGCUGUGAGAACUGCUCUAGGUCAUUCCAUUUCGAAUGUGUCGACUUGGGCCUGGGCGACACGCUCCCCGAGGAGUGGUUUUGCAACGUCUGUUUCAGCACGAGAUACCCCACUAGGGUGCCCGAACACAAGGGUCCCUUUGGAGGGUUGCUGAAUGGCUUGGAGAAGACGAACCCGCAAGCCUUCAAGCUGCCUCGGCCAGUCCAGCUCUACUUUGAAGGCGUCAAGAUUGGACCUGAGGGCGAGUACGAGGACGUGGUGGUUCCCACUAAGCCAAAGAAGAAGGGAUAUGAGGAAGCUCCCGACUUCUUCAAGGUUCGGGACGCCGACGGCUCUGCGGUUCUAUGCCACAAUUGCCAGCAUCCAGCAGCAGACAACCGAGCCAUCAUUCCUUGUAGUCUGUGUGGACUUUACUGGCAUCUGGACUGCCUUGACCCGCCUCUGGCGAUUCCGCCAGUCGUGCGGACAUGGCGCUGUCCGGUUCACGCAGACGACCUGCUGGCCACGCUGCCGGAACAGCUCGCACCAGCUCACCGCUUCCGGAAGAUCAAAGGAGCACCCACCAUCACCCCUGCUUUUAGCCGCGGUAUGAGAAACAACGGCUUCAUCGAGAUUGAGGAGGAAGAAUCAAGUGACGAAACGGGCUGGAGCGACGUGAAGACCUUUGGCCGAGUGUACAAACUGCCCGCCAAGGGCGUUGUGCUCGACUUCAUUUCUCAGCUUCGAAAGGAUGGCGCAGGCUACAUUGCUGGCUCGCAGCCAUUGGCUGGGGCCCAGCCACACCAGACUAGCCCUCCUCUGGACUCUCGCACGCUGGCGGAACAGCAAGCGGUGUUCAACAUGGUCGAGCUGGCUUCCAAUCGGCAAAACAACAAGCUCGACGACCUCACUCAGGCUCUCUUGAUGAGUGCCGAUGCAGACGUUCUUUCCAUCAUGGCGCGUGGCAGCGCCGAGAACUUUGCCAACGGUGACUUGAAUGCCAAUGACAAGCAAAGUCUUCGCGCCAUGCUUGCUCACAUGGAAGCCAUGUCUGACCGCAUCAAGAGCCUGCUUGGAGGCGGUUUGCACGGCGUUGCUGGCCCGGCCCCGAUGGCUGCGGACGCCGCCACAGCCGACGGCAACACCACAGACGUCACACAGAGCGUGGAGGGCGAUGUGACUACAAUCAAGAACGAGUCCGUUGAGCCGCCGGCUGAUCUGCCUACCCCGGCGACGACGACACAGGACAACCCGGAGCCGGCCAGCGUUCUUGGGGAGAAGUCGUCGCAGGAGGUGCCGAACGACGACGACACGACCGUUAUGGAUAUCGAUUAG